GGAGGCCAUGUGAGUUUUUGGAGAAGAUCGGGGAGUUGUUUUUUUAAACAAAAAUAGGCUCGUUUAUCAUAACAUGAAUGAAUACAACUUAUUCUUGACCAGUAUAAUGAGAUAAUAAAUUAAAAUUGCUAGUCUAACUGAUGUGAUGCAUCGUACAUCUGUGUACAAAAGGAGAGGUUUUCGUGUCCGGGAAGAAUGGAUGCAGACAGCUCGUUGUAUGCUGAACGUACCUGGAAGACCCCACUUCAACUCUUGACAGGGGAUACCACGGUGAAGAUAUGUGCUCCAAUGGUUCGAUACUCAAAGCUGCCAUUCCGCCAGCUGGUACGAAAAUACCAGUGUGACCUUGCCUUCACCCCGAUGAUAAUCUCAGACUCCUUCAUCCGGUCGGUAAAAGCGAGAGACAGCGAGUUCACAACAUGUGCUGAGGACCGGCCACUAAUUGUGCAGUUUGCCGCUAACAACCCGCAAGAUCUGGCCAAUGCAGCAGAAAUAAUUUCUCCAUUUUCAGAUGGAAUUGACCUGAACUGCGGCUGUCCUCAAAGAUGGGCAAUGGCGGAGGGAUAUGGUGCCUGUUUAAUAGACAAGCCACAGUUACUAUACGAUAUUGUACAUGAGACAAAAUCUCGGAUUCAGAAUCCAGACUUCACUGUUUCAGUGAAAAUGAGAAUACACAGUGAUAUUAGAACGACAGUCGACUUGUGUCAGAAGUUGGAGAAGACCGGGGUAUCGUGGAUCACAGUGCAUGGCCGCACCAAGGACCAGCACCACCAGCCAGCUAACGUGGACGCUAUUCGACUGAUUAAAGAAAAUGUAAACAUUCCGGUUGUAGCUAAUGGUGACAUCAAGUCACUGGAUGAUGUUACUAGGGUGGCUAAAGAAACGGGAGUAAAUGGUGUAAUGUCAGCAAGAGGAAUUCUGGGUAAUCCCGCAAUGUUUGCUGGUUAUAACAUUACACCACUCCAGUGUGUUCAAGAUUGGCUGGACAUCUCUCUGCCUCUGGGCAUGCCUUUCCCGCUGUUUCACCACCACCUGAUUGACAUGCUGGAGAAGAGUCUGUGUCGAUCAGAACGCCGGGUGUUCAACACACUCUCCAGUACGUCGUCUGUCAUAGACUAUCUCCGUGAAAACUUUCAGAUAGGUACAUGAUGAAUAAACAAACUGGCAUUACUGUAGAAAGGUUUAGAAUGAAGGAAGCUGGUCUGUGCCGAUCAGAAUGCUGGGUAUUCAACACGCUCUCCAGUACGUCGUCUGUCAUAGACUCUCUCAGGGAGAACUUUCAGAUAGGUACAUGAUGAACAAACAAACUGGCAACGACGUUACUGCAGAAUAUUUAGAAUGAAGAAAGCUGGUCUGUGUCGAUCAGAAUGCUGGGUAUUCAACACUCUCUCCAGUACGUCGUCUGUCAUAGACUAUCUCCACAAGAACUUUCAGAUAGGUACAUGAUGAACAAACAAACUGGCAACGACGUUACUGCAGAAUAUUUAGAAUGAAGGAAGCUGGUCUGUGCCGAUCAGAAUGCUGGGUAUUCAACACUCUCUCCAGUACGUCGUCUGUCAUAGACUAUCUCCACGAGAACUUUCAGAUAGGUACAUGAUGAACAAACAAACUGGCAACGACGUUACUGCAGAAUAUUUAGAACGAAGGAAGCUGGUCUGUGCCGAUCAGAAUGCUGGGUAUUCAACACGCUCUCCAGUACGUCGUCUGUCAUAGACUAUCUCCACGAGAACUUUCAGAUAGGUACAUGAUGAACAAACAAACUGGUGAUGGCGUACUGCAGAAUAUUUAGAAUGAAGGAAGCUGGUCUGUGCCGAUCAGAAUGCUGGGUAUUCAACACGCUCUCCAGUACGUCGUCUGUCAUAGACUCUCUCAGGGAGAACUUUCAGAUAGGUACAUGAUGAACAAACAAACUGGCAACGACGUUACUGCAGAAUAUUUAGAAUGAAGGAAGCUGGUCUGUGCCGAUCAGAAUGCUGGGUAUUCAACACGCUCUCCAGUACGUCGUCUGUUAUAGACUCUCUCCAUGAGAACUUUCAGAUAGGUACAUGAUGAACAAACAAACUGGCAAUGACGUUACUGCAGAAUAUUUAGAAUGAAGAAAGCUGGUCUGUGCCGAUCAGAAUGCUGGGUAUUCAACACGCUCUCCAGUACGUCGUCUGUCAUAGACUCUCUCGGGGAGAACUUUCAGAUAGGUACAUGAUGAAUAAACAAACUGGCAUUACUGUAGAAAGGUUUAGAAUGAAGGAAGCUGGUCUGUGCCGAUCAGAAUGCUGGGUAUUCAACACUCUCCAGUACGUCGUCUGUCAUAGACUCUCUCGGGGAGAACUUUCAGAUAGGUACAUGAUGAAUAAACAAACUGGCAUUACUGUAGAAAGGUUUAGAAUGAAGGAAGCUGGUCUGUGCCGAUCAGAAUGCUGGGUAUUCAACACUCUCUCCAGUACGUCGUCUGUCAUAGACUAUCUCCACAAGAACUUUCAGAUAGGUACAUGAUGAACAAACAAACUGGCAAUGACGUUACUGCAGAAUAUUUUGAAAGAAGAAAGCUGGUCUGUGCUGAUCAGAAUGCUGGGUAUUCAACACACUCUCCAGUGUGUCGUCUGUCAUAGACUAUCUCCACGAGAACUUUCAGAUAGUUGCAUGAUGAACAAACAAACUGGCAACAGUGUUGCUGUAGAAAGGUUUAGAAUGAAGGAAGCUGGUCUGUGUCGAUCAGAAUGCUGGGUAUUCAACACUCUCCAGUACGUCGUCUGUCAUAGAGACCUUUCAGAUAGGUACAUGAUGAACAACAAACUGGUGACGGCGUACUGCAGAAUAUUUAGAACGAAGGAA